GAUAGUGGGGUUUAUUGAAUGUAAGCAGUGCACUUGAGAAGCUCACAAUGGAGCAGAUAGAGGCAGCUAUGUACCAGAAGAUGAAGAUAUCUGAGAGAUUAAAUGAAAAGCGGAUGGAGCAAAUGGAGGGAGAUCUCAGCAUGGAAAGAGGACAGAGGGAGCCCAUCCUUAACUGGUUUGUGGAGACUCAGGCUGUGCUCAUCCUGUGUGACGGACGUUUUCCACCCUGGUUCCAGGGUUUCAUCUCCAGGCAGCUGUUGCACUGUGGUAACUGUUGCUGUUUCCAGUGAAGCAGAAGAUCAGCUCCAAGACAAGAAUGUUGGUUGCUUCCUUAUCAGACUCAGUGAAAAAGCCAGUGGAUAUAUUCUUUCAUACAAAGGACAGGAUCGUUGUCGCCAUUUUGUCAUAAAUCAAACCAAGACUGGCAUGUUCUCCAUUUCUGGUGAUUCCACCACUCACAACAGUCUCAAAGAGAUGAUCAGUCACUUUAAAACCACACCAAUCCAGCCUUUUGGAGAGUACCUGACUUCAGAUAACACAGAGAUGGAUUCUGUAGGAGAGGAUGCCCCAAAUGAGCUUUAUGAUGUGGUUAAAAAUAAGCCCUGGGUUAAUUCAGGAGUGAGCGUUAAGGCUCUAAGAAGUUUAUGGGAACAAACUAACAUUGUCCCGCAUUGCACGCCUCCCGUUCUAUCUUCUAAAAGUGGACGGAAACUCACAACCUCCACCUCUAUUGACAGGAACAGUCUGUCACAGGGAAUGAAAAUUCCACCUGUGCCAAAGAAAAGUGCACCACUUCGGAAUUCCUUAAGCGCUGGUUUUCCAGGUAAAAAUCCUUCACAUGAACAACCCAGCUUUUCAGAAUCAAGGACAUCUGGAAGGACAGGUGGAGAUGAAAGAGUAAACAGCAGAAGUGAUAUCAGAGAAACAAAGUGGCCUCUCCACCAUGAAAACCACCAGUCUUGUAGUUUUAUGCCCUCCACCCCGCAACAGCCUCCCUUACUUCCAUCCAAAACAGACUCCUGCUCUUACGCUGUCCUCGAACACCAUACUGGAGCUGGCCGAGCGCCACAAACUAACAAAGUAGCCCUAAAGCCCAAUCCAAUCUACCAGGCCUCGACUGAUGUUAACUCGGGGCAGAAGGAACAGCCAGAGCUAGUGUAUGACAACCGUGCAAGGCCCAUCGACAACAUCCUUUUAGCAGAAAACCACUAUCAAGACAUACUUGACAAUGAACAUGUGCCUGAGAGCAACACCUAUGAGGACAUUCGAGUGACGGACAGCAAUACAUAUGCAAGUUUGGAUGAGAUGCCACCACAAACACAAAACAUCCUGGGGAAGAAGAAUCAUAAGUGGUGGAAACUUCGUCUGGAUAACAAGAAGCUAUAGUCAUCACAUUAUUUGAAGAAACACCUCAUUUAAGUUUAGAAUUAUAAAGUCAUAAUUUUCAUGUUAGUGUGUGCAUGUGUAACUUCAGUACAGUAGCUUCCACAGUUACAAAAUGCUAAACAUUGUUAAUGCAAAUACAAUGGUAGCUUGAUAUUAUUACGAUGAAACAUAUUUUGAAAAUGUAUUUGAAUACCUGUGUAGGAUUACAAAUUUAUUUAAAUGUUUAAUUUAGGUUCAAGUACAAUAGUAUAUAAACUGAGAAAGUCUAGUAGACUGAAUUUAGCAUUUGAGGUAUAAAAUGAGCAGAUACUUUUCAUCUUUUUAUAGCUCUGGGAGCCCCUGGCUCAAUCUGAA